CCAGGGAGGUUGGCUCUAAUGCCACACCAUCUGGGUUCCACUAUGAACCUUGCUCCUGGUUUGGUUUGGUUUGCUUUGCCUUCCACAUUUGUCAGAAACUAAAUUUUAAACGUUCUUGCACUCACGAUUCAGUUUUUUCUUUUCUAAAACACAACAGGAAGGACUCGAGUGCUUUCUGUAGUAUUAUUUAAGAAUGGCUUGUAUCCUUGAACAUUCAUGGAAGUGAGGCGCUUAUCCUUUCAUCACAAGGUAUGAUGCAGCAUGUAUACUCACAAAAGGCAUAUUUUGACAAAAUUCAAGCCCAGGAAGAGCAAAUGUAUGUGGAAAUCUUUGGAGUGUGCUAGAAAACCAUCCUUAGUCGCUCUCACAGUGAUUUGAAAUCAGUGACUGAAUGAGUCAUGAAGUUCCAUAUGUUUGAAAUUUAUUGAGUAGCAACAAAAAAAGUUCAGGCUUCAUGAGGAAUGAGUGAAGCAUCUAGUGAUUGUCCUAAAAGCAAGGAAACAUGGCACGUGUAUGGGAAUCAUUUUCGAUUUAUAGAAUUUUAAGCUAUUGCCUUUAUCGAUAGUAGACCAGGUUUCUUUUUGACCCUUCCUUUUAAGGACGCCCAUGCGAAAGCUUAGAGCUAACUUGAAAGCAGCAAUUUUUUCAUUGUAGCAAGUUGAUUUUGAACAUAUUUUUGUCUGCUUUAAAAAAAUGUUAACAAGUGACCGAUGACUCAGGGUAUGUGAUACAUAUUCCGACCUUGCUAUAAAAUCCGCCACUCGCUUGACAUAAUUCAACGUAUCAUCCAGUCUUUUUCAACCUAAUUGCACCAAUGUCCGGCCUCAAAACGUGAACGAACAGUGUGUGCAUUUUCCUCUCGAAGGUCAUCAAUUUCAGAACGUAGGUGAGGUGGCGGGUUUUGUAAUUUACCCUACAUAACGCCGUUAUGUCCGUUAAAUGUCCGUUCGUGCCAACGCUGGAAAUUGCUGGAAAAGGUUUCUUGUGUCUACAGACAAGCCGUUCGAGGCUCAAAAUCGACAAUAAUGGAAAAUGUUAUCGGGAAUUUUCUAAUCCAAUCGAUCGGCAAAAGUUUUUAAUAGGUUUUGUACCUUCGUUAUCAAUCACCUUAUUCAUGGGGUGUAUAAGUGUUUUGAUGCGUUGGCUAAUGGAUUCGUUUCAAUCGGCCUCUUCGAUAACUCCUUGGUAGAGCGUCGAUAAACUAGUGAACAGUUGUAACAUGAGUUACAUGAGUGCAGGGAGUUUAAAGGAAAAAUUAUUGGCUUUGCCUUUCGGUUUGGCAGUUAACGGUAUGGGUCAAUCAUGUAGGUUAAGGACCCUUACGGAAGUACCAAAUACAGUCGUAUGUACAGGAUUUAUUUGGACACAUCUCGUUAUAUAUGCACCAAACUUGGCUGGAAGGAGUUGAGGGACUUUAUAUGGUUAAAACAUGAUAUGGACAUAUUUGUGUCAUGUUUUUAAAUUAAGAGCCCAUAUUUGGUCAUAUUUGAUAUGUUUUAAAUCUAUAUUUUGAACUCCCGUUCGGGGAGGAGGUUCGCUGGAAAGUUAAUUGCAAGCCAGUUAAUCGUCGUAGUUUAUGCCGAUGUGCUUGCAGAAAAGCAUUUACGAACAUAAGGCUUCAGUGAGAACCCGUUACAGCCGCGUAGACGCGAAGGCGAGUUAAGAUCUCUUAACUUACCUCCUGGUAACCUUCCUGUGAUGUAAACGACCUUCCUCCAGCAGGUUAAGAGGUCAAACUUCCUGGGCAAGACAAGGAAACUCGAGUCACCUUGAUGACCAUACCCAAAGAGAAGGAAAUGACAGACGUGUCCUCCUCCAACUUACCUCAUUCAAUCGAGUCGAAGAAAGUGGAGUUCAAAAGCUACCUUCAGAAAGCAGGUGUGAUAGAGGCGCUGACAAGGGCCCUCACGGCCCUCUACGAGGAACACGAGAAGCCCCAAAAUGCUGUUGAGUAUUUGCUGACGAAGAUGAACGAAAAGACGUUGAAGAUGGUGAAGACACUGCAGUCCGAGAACGAGGCCCUCAAGAAAGACGUGAAGGAGUUGAAGGAAAAACUGCGUCACUUUGAGGGCGUCCCUGGCACAAUCGAGAGUGCCGAAGAAGUCGUUGAAGGUGCUGAAACCAAUGCCGAAGAUGUUACUAAUGCUACAAUCCGUGAUACUGAGGAACAUGAAUCUGACAAAGCCAAGGAAGAUAAUAAAAAGACAAAAGAGGGGAGGAAAGACGUGGAAGAACCGAUGGAAGCUGAGAAGGAGGUCGAUGAGGGUGCGAAGAGUGAAAAUGUAGAAGAGAAGAUGGAAGCGAAGCAAGGAGAAGAUGAGAAAGAGGGAGGGGAAGAAGAGGAAGAGAAAAAGGGAAAUGAACAAGUCUAAGUUCAAACCUUAAGUGGGAAGUUCUCAGCUACUCUGGACAGCAUCUAUAACCUUGCAGGCCAAGCCUUCAUCAUUGGUCUUUUCCUUUCUCUUUAGUUUCAUUUAUAAAUCAGUAUCAUUUCUUCAGAUCACAUCCGGCGCGUGGCGCUUGGUUUUUGAGUUAUUAUUUUCCUUUCCGAAGGGUUAUGUGAAGUGCAGUUUUCCUUUUUCUAUUAAUACGCAAAAAUCCUUGUACUUUGAUGGCCUCAGGUUCACUUGCUGAUGUGAUCUCACGUGCUUGUAUUGUUUUUUUUUUCUUCGUCUGAUGAAA